UUGGCUCCUGAAAGCAGAGCUCGCCAGAGCCAUGGCCCCAGGACUGCUUCUGGCCCUCACCCUCUGGGCCAGCUCCUUGCCCUGCGGUGGGCGAGAAGCAGCUCCCACCCAGCCCAGGGUGCGGUGCAGGGCCUCUAGGUACCCGAUCGCCGUAGACUGCUCCUGGACCCUGCCACCCGCACCUCCCAAUUCCACCAGACCCACGUCCUUCAUUGCCACGUACAGGCUUGGUGUGGCUGCCCACGGGGAGAGCCAGCCCUGCCUCCAGCCCACACCAGAGGCCACCAGCUGCACCAUCCCAGAUGUCCAGAUGUUUUCCAUGGUGCCCUACGUGCUCAACAUCACAGCCAUCCACCCCUGGGGUGUCAGCAGCAGCUUUGUGUCCAUUGUCCCAGAGCAUAUCAUCAAGCCAGACCCUCCGGUAGGUGUGUACCUGAGGCCCCUCCCUGGGCAGCGGCUGUGGGUACAAUGGGAACCCCCCCAGUCCUGGCCCUUCCCAGAGGUCUUCUCACUCAAGUACCGGAUCCGCUACAAGCGUCAUGGAGCUACCCGAUACCGCCAGGUGGGGCCCAUUGAAGCCACAUCCUUCACCCUCAAGGCUGUGAGGCCCCAAGCCAGGUACUGCAUCCAGGUGGCUGCUCAAGACCUCACCAACUAUGGGGAAUCCAGCGACUGGAGUCUCCCUGCCGCUACCUCGGUGACCCUGGGCAAGUAGUGGUUUCCCAGCU